UUAUGGACACUACCCGGGACACUUGAAUCCUCUUCUCCUCAUUUAUCUCCUCAAUGAUUGUAACAUAUCCUGCCUUCAUCAUGAGUUGGUCUCCUCCUAUUUGCCUUCAAUCAGUGAGAUGCUAGAGCGCUGGUUGAAUAUUGGGCCGAUGGAUAGCAUUGCGGAAUUCAGUUCACACUUUGCCUCAUAUCACAAUAUACAGCUUGCAGUCUUGCAUGGACGUUCAGAAGCUGGUCACCACAAGCUUGCAUGGGAAAUGCUUCAUAAUGUUGUCAUUGGUCCCAUAGACAUUGAUAACGCCUAUUUUGCUGCUUUUCUUAAGGGGUUCUUACUUCCUUGUGCUACAGGGAUCGAUCUUGUUGAUAUUGUGCGCAGCUUCUUUGGGGGACCUGAAGAAUUUAUUCGAACUGCGGAAAUGUCUACAAUUCGCGAUUUUGCUUCUCUAAACAUCAGCAUCUCUUGUGAUCUCAAGCAGCCAUCAUUGGAUGAACUGGCCCAAGCGCUCAGCGCUGCUGGUCCUCAAUUUACUGGGAAGACUUUUCAAGACAUUAUAGAAGAUUUUCUUGCCGGUACUGGAGCACCGUGUCCGGAGCUUUUGGCCAGUAUGAUGGAUAGAUUCAGUCCCGAGGUCAAAACCUGCUUAUCGGGACUACGGUCUCCAACAUUCCGCAUGCGCUUAAUGUGCUGGGCUGUGACAGGUGCUACCAGGGUAUUGCUCGAAGGGGAGCCAAUGCAAAUCGUUCUAGUUGAAGAUGACGAUGUACUAUAUCUCCCUAGCGAUAUUGAUGACUCCGAUUUAUAUCUUUUAAUGGGAUCCUGCUCAUUCCGGACCUGUUCCAGGUCGAUGAGACUACCAGCCUCAUAUUUAAUCAAGCUGCUCAAAAGUACUUACGAUCCAAACGUAGAACUUGGGAACCCUCGGGUUGCAAUUCAUCAUUGGCUUCUUGUGCAGAUGUUGGAUAAUGCUGGUACUUACAAUAUGGUUUGAAGCUUAUGCAUUACUUUAUACCAUUUCAUCUACAUCUUUGUGUUUAAAGUGGAACAAACGGUUGAUUUUGAUUUUGUGACCCUCUCCACAAUCUCUGUCGGCGUUU